GACCCGCCCCCAGCCCCGCCCAGGCCGGGGGGGUCCCGGGAACGGCCCCGGGGUGGGGGAGGGGAGGGGAGGGAGCGGGAGCGGCCCAAGGGACCCCCCGAGGAGCCCAAAAAGAAGGACUCGGAGGUGCUGAAGCAGCUGAGGGCGGAGCUCAAGAAGGCCCAGGAGAGCCAGAAGGAGAUGAAGCUGCUGCUGGACAUGUACAAGUCGGCGCCCAAGGAGCAGCGGGACAAGGUGCAGCUCAUGGCGGCCGAGAGGAAGAGCAAGGCCGAGCUGGAGGAGCUGCGGGCCCGCUGGCGGGAGCUGGAGGAGCGGGAGCGGCGGGAGAGCAAGAAGCUGGCGGACGAGGAGGCCCUGAGGCGGCUGCGGCACAGCGAGGAGCAGAUCGAGCACCUCCAGCGCCGCCUGGCCGCCACCAAACAGGAGGAGGAGGCGCUGCUGUCGGAGAUGGACGUGACGGGCCAGGCCUUCGAGGACAUGCAGGAGCAGAACCUGCGGCUGCUGCAGCAGCUGCGCGAGAAGGACGACGCCAACUUCAAGCUGAUGUCGGAGCGCAUCAAGGCCAACCAGAUCCACAAGCUGCUGCGCGAGGAGAAGGACGAGCUGGCUGAGCAGGUCCUGGCCCUCAAGGCCCAGGUGGAGGCGCAGCUGCAGGUGGUGCAGAAGCUGGAGGAGAAGGAGCGGGGGCUGCAGAGCGCCCUGGGGGCGGUGGAGAAGGAGCUGGCCCUGCGCUCCCAGGCCCUCGAGCUGCACAAGAGGAAGGCGGUGGAGGCGGCCCAGCUGGCCGAGGACCUGCGGGCGCAGGGGGAGCACGUGCAGGGGCGGCUGCGGGAGCUGCAGGGCUGCGCCGCCGAGAACCGCGCGGCCAAGGACAAGGAGGCCCUCAGCCUCAAGAGGGCACAGGAGGAGCUGUCGCGGCUGCGCCGGAAGCUGGAGAAGCAGCGCAAGGUGGAGGUUUACGCCGACGCCGACCAGAUCCUGCAGGAGGAGAUCAAGGAGUACCGGGCCCGGCUGACGUGCCCGUGCUGCAACGCGCGCAAGAAGGACGCCGUCCUCACCAAGUGCUUCCACGUCUUCUGCUUCGAGUGCGUCAAGAGCCGCUACGACACCCGCCAGCGCAAGUGCCCCAAGUGCAACGCCGCCUUCGGCGCCCACGACUUCCACCGGGUCUACAUCAGCUGAGCCCCCCCCUCCCCCCCCCGGGCCACCCACCGUGGCCAAAG